AUGACCUGGAUCUCCUGCGGCGUCACCGCGCUGGCAGGGUACUCCGCCGGCGAAAUCACGCCCGCAUCCACCGAGCUCACAGCAGACUGGGACAUCAGCCCCGUGGUAUACAACCUCGGCAUCACGCUGUUCUGCGUGGGCUUCGCGCUGGCGCCGAUGGUGCUCGCCCCGUUCUCCGAGAUCAACGGACGGCGGCCGAUUUUCGUCGCCAGCGGGAUCCUUUUCGUCGCGUGUAUUCUUGCCUGUGGCGGGACGCGUCUCUUCGCUGGGUUCCUGGUCGCGCGGUUCUUUCAGGGCGUGGGGGCCUCGACGUUCAGCACGAUGGUUGGCGGUGUCAUCAGCGAUAUCUACCACGCGCACGAGCGCAAUACGCCCAUGGCGCUGUUUGCGGCGGCUGCGCUCUUCGGGACCGGUCUGGCGCCGUUGCUCUCGAGUGUGAUUGUUUGGCAUGUCUCGUGGCGCUGGAUUUACUGGUCUCAUGCGAUUGUGUCGGGCGUGUUUGUGCUGAUUAUUUUCUUCUUCUUUAAGGAGACGAGGGGCAGUGUGCUGCUUAGUCGCAAGGCGCACGCGAUCAAUAGGUACUACGAGCAGCUUGAGGGCGCAGGACACUACGGUGUGCUGAUGGGCGGGGAGAAGGAGCUGCGGCGGAUUCGGUGGAAGGUCGAGAGCGACGAGCAGAGGGCCAGUCUGGCCCAGAUGAUUAGCAUCUCGGUGUACCGGCCGUUCCACAUGCUCGUCACCGAGCCCGUUGUCUUCUUCUUCUCGCUCUGGGUCUCGUUUUCGUGGGCCGUGCUGUAUCUGCAGUUUGGGUCGAUUCCGCUUGUCUUUAAGACGAACCAUGGGUUUAAUGUUGAGCAGACGGGGGCGGUUUUUACUUCAAUGUGCGUCGGCGCCCUCGUCAUCACAGUCAUAUCAAUCUACCAGGAGAAAAUCGCCAACCGCUUCAACCUCCUCCCGCCCACCCCCGAAGCACGCCUCUACUUCGUCUGCUUCGAGGCCGCCCUCAUGCCCAUCGGCCUCUUCUGGUUCGGCUGGUCCUCCUUCUCGCACGUCCACUGGAUCGUCCCCUCCAUCGCGAUCGGCGUGUCGACGAUGGGGAUCUUCUCCCUCGGCGAUCGCGGCGCAGAGCUGUUGCCGGAAUCUGCUGGGUGGUGUGUUCCCGCUUGUGACGAACGCCAUGUUUAA